AUGGCCAAGAUAUCUUUUACCUUCACCUCAUUACUGUUCACAUCCGCAGCCCUAGGUAGUCCAUCCAUCAAACCACGUCUACAGGAUGGACUCGCCCGCACUCCACAAAUGGGAUGGAACACCUACAACCAAUACAACUGCAACCCAAGCGAAGAAGCCGUGAAACUCAACGCCGAAGCCCUGGUCGACACCGGCCUGGCAGACCUUGGAUACCGCUACGUCACAAUCGACUGCGGCUGGACUGUCGCGGAUAGACUGCCCAACGGCAGCCUGACCUGGAAUGAGACCCUGUUCCCAGAGGGGUUUCCGGCCAUGGGCAGAUAUCUCCAUAAUAUGGGCUUGCUUUUCGGUGCUUAUCAGGAUUCAGGCAUACUGCUUUGUGGCAGCCCGCCGAAUAAUACGGGGAGUUUGUACUAUGAAGAUAUCGACGCCAGAACCUUUGCCGAGUGGGAGGUUGACUCAUUAAAAUAUGACAACUGCUACUCCGACGCCGCAACAAACUACCCAAACGUCAACUACAACCCCUCCACCUCCCCGCAACCACGCUUCGCAAACAUGUCCCGCUACCUACAAGCCCAAGACCGGCCAAUCCUAUACCAAGUCUGCGAAUGGGGCCUCGACUUCCCAGCCGCAUGGGCACCCUCCAUCGGACACUCGUGGCGGAUCGGGAACGACAUCACGCCGCACUGGCGCUCCAUCUUCCGCACGCUGAACCAGGCUGUGCCGCAGACUGAUAUUGCGGGACCAGGGCAGUGGCCGGAUCCGGAUAUGCUGCUUGUUGGGUUGGAGGAUGUGCUUACGAUCCCUGAGGAGCAGACGCAUUUUGCGCUGUGGGGGAUUCUGAAGGCGCCGCUGACGAUUGGGGCGAAGGUGGAUGGCAUGAGGGAGGGGUCGCUGGAUAUCUUGCGGAAUGAGGACAUUAUUGGGUUUAAUCAGGAUGGGCUGGGGGUUAGUGCGGCGUUGAGGAGGAGGUACACGCAGGAGGGGUAUGAGGUUUGGAGUGGACCGUUGGAGGGGGGGAGGACGGUUGCUGCGGUGAUUAAUUGGAGGGGGGAGGAGAGGGAGAUUACCCUUGACUUGCCGGAUGUUGGGCUGCAGUUUGCUGGAGGGUUGAGGAAUGUUUGGGCUGGUGAGAGCGUUGAGGGUGUCAAGACGAAGUAUACGGCGGUUGUGGCGGCGCAUGGGACGAUUCUUGUUGAGCUUAGUGAGACGCUGCCUGCUGGGGAGUAUUCGAGUGAUAUCUUUGCUGCAACGAAGGGUGAUUUGACUACGUUUGGGGCAGUCUAUGGAGUCACAUCUAGCCCUAACUACGGACUGAGAGUGACCCUCGCCGAACCAUCUCAACGAGCCAGGAAUAUAACUAUAAACACAAGCUCCAGCAAAAGUCCAAUCUCGAUAUCACUCCCAGCCGGAUCCUCUUCCAUCACCACCCAGAUCCCACUAACAGCCAGUUCCAACAAUACCAUCACAAUCCAUAACGCUCCCGCAAUCUCCUCCAUCAAAGUCUCACCUCCCGACGCUACCUACUACACCGGCUCCAAAGAAUUCACUCUCUCCGGCUCCGCAGAUACCUUCACCUGUCCAGACGACUUCUGCAUCCCCGCCGGGUCGAAACUCACCAACCUCAGCACCAACAGCAGCGCAACCGCCCAAAUCCCGUCCACGGUCCGGGGCUCCAAAUACAUCGAAAUCGACUACAUCAACAACGAAGUCGCGUUCGAUUCUGCGUGGGAAUGGGGGUCUAACUCGCGUAAUCUCACGAUCCGCGUGAACGAUGCUGAGCCGGUCAGGCUGGAGGUUCCGCUGAGUGGGAGGCAUAGUGAGCUUUUUGGACCGGGGCUGGGGUGGUGGGAUUCGGCAAGAUUGGGGGUCUUGACGGUCGGUUGGAAGGUUGGUCUUAAUGAGGUUGUGCUUGGGAAUGAAGGGGGUGAGGGUGGGUUUACGCGAUUUGGGCCGGACGUUGUGGGGAUUGAUGUAUACUGA